CCGCGACUCAAACUAUCUAUAUACUAAAUUUCAUCUAAAUUGGUUUAGCGUUAAUCGUGAAGAGGUAACAGACAGACAGACGCACUUUCGCAUUUAUUAUGAUAGUAUGUAUGGAUGGAUUUAUUAAAGAACCCAAAUUAACGUUUUAAUAAAUAAAAGCUUAUUAAUUUACCAAAAUUAAGAGUGACAACCCUAACGCUCAAUCGGUGCGUAGGUAUUUAGCUCAACAAAAUGGCCUAGUUGCAGUACGGCUUUAGCUUAUAUUUAUAUUCUGUGAUAUUAGUGUGGAUAAGCAUAACACCCAAUAAAAAUAUUAUUAUUACAAAGAACCGUGUCGUUUCUUUAUUACGGGAUAAACAAUAUCCCAUUCAGCCGUUUCGUAGAAAUGCCUAUAGACCAAGGCCUCACUCACAUUUAGACUGUGGGAAAGAACCGGUACUAUCAGUAUUGCCAGUAUAUAGUAGGCGCACAAUUUAGUAUGGAAAUUAUAAUGAUGUAUAUCUAUAAUUUUUGAUGAAUAUAUAAUUCAUUAAUAACUUCAAUGAAUAAUAUUUAUCUGACAUGUCGGACUGAGAUCAAAAGAUAAACAUAGAUGCAUUAUAUGUUUAUGUGCAUGUGUGCAGAUAGGAAAGUCUAUCCAAUGGACAGCGUUAGAGUGUGAAACUGGUGUCGUCGUUAAGCUGACCUAUCACAACAUUCAAAACUGAUUCCGGAAAAUAUCUUGAAAACAACCAAUGCUAAAUAUGACAUCUUUAAGGCGUGGUUAUUUUACCUAAUUAGUAUUUAUUUUAAAGAGUUACUAUAUUAUUAACGUCUUUCAUAGGAAGAACGGGCUUUAACCCACAACCCGGGUCCAGCUAGUAUACGGAUUGCUGGGUGCUAACGACUGCAGAAAUGCAACCAGGACCAACAAUUUAAAGUAACUUCCGAUGCAUAUUCCUUUAAGCUCAUAUGAUAAAUUUUUGAUCACCCAUCUAAUAAACGGCCAUUGGGAUUUUUUAUUAACUUGAACGAUCGUAGACGGAACGCGAUAACCACUGCACCAUCCAGCCGGCUUCUACGCUAUUUUUUUGAAAUUUAUAGUGUCUAACUAAAGAGCAAAUUGCAUAUCCAUCAAUGUUUUUCAGGACAAAUAUCUUAGGCGAUACUCAAUACGAUAGAUUGGGAGGAGUAAAACAUCAUAGUAUAUAUAGUCGUGUGACGCUCUUUACGCAUUUCCGUUUCAUCUUUUCCAUUUACACCCCGCCCGAAAAUAAGUUUCACUUCUAAAGAAUUUAGUUAGUAGUUUUUGCGUGGAAGCGUAACAAACAAAGACACUCACUUUCGUAUUUUUAAUUUUUAUUAAACGAGAUAUGGAUUGCUAUUUUGGAAUAAAGUUCAUAAUCUACUUUAAAAUUGGUGCCAUAACUUAAUAUUGAAUCUAGCAAUUUGGCCAUAGAAUUCUUGUUUAUUUGGUAGGUAGACAAGCAGAGGCACUCACACACUAGCACACAACUCCCGCCAAAGUAACCAUAGAAUUUUGCUAAAUGCGCCCCUUCAACCGUCUGCGCGCAUGUUAUAGUGAGCUUUAACAAAGUUUCUUUGUUGGCAAUAUUAACAAGAAGGAUUGGCAAACGAGUGUAGUUCCUAGAGCAAUACACACCUUACCGACCAAGCUUGGAAAAGUAGACUUUUUUAAGUUUUUAAAUUUUAUGUUUUGUUGUUGUUUCGGUAGACUUUAUAAAGAUAUAUACUUUAUAAAUAUUUGUGUCCAAAAUAUUGAUGACCAUGUGUGCUGAAGCAUCUCCCUGGCAGCAGAGGUACAAUAAAUGGAAACAACGCGUGGGUCCGCAACUACGGUCGGGACACUUGGCCGACUGUACAUUCGAGGUUGGUUCGGAACCGAACAUUUUUAAGCUUUCUGGACACAAGCUGGUCUUAGCUGCGGUGUCUCCCGUAUUUGAAUCUAUGUUCUACGGAUCUAUAGCAGAGAAAAGUAACUACAUACGAAUACCAGACAUCCAGCCAGAAGCAUUCAAAGCUCUGUUAGAAUAUAUUUAUAUAAAUGACGUGAUCGUAAAUACAUUUGAUAUGGCAUGCGAACUCUACUAUGCGGCUAAAAAGUACAUGUUGCCUCAACUUGUGAAGAUUUGCUCAGAGUAUUUAAUAUCUAAAGUGGACAAACUAAACGCUUGUAAAACUUACGAGUUCGCUAUUAUCUUCGAUGACAAAGUGCUGAUAGAAGAAUGUAUUCAGAUAUUCAAAAAUAAUACGAUAGAAAUAUUGAACAGCAACAAUUUAGAAGAAGUUGAUUUAAAUACUUUAAUUGUUAUAUUCUCUCUGGACAAUCUAAACAUAGAGAAUGAAAUGGAUUUAUUUAAAGCCAUCAAACGAUACGCUGAUGCUCAGGAAGAGUAUAAUGCAAGUCUUACUAUCAAUAAACAUGAACCAACAGCUGUAAAGACAAGCGACAAUUCGUCAAAUUUUAUUAAACAUGUAAAGGAAUUCAAUGGUGAUGUCCUUAUUGAGGUUAGUCCUGAAAAUGCCUACGAGGAAGACAUAGUUGUUGAACAAAAACAACCUGCUAUUGAAACUGUUAGUGACCUCCGUAAAGAGAAAGACGACACGAAGAAAGUCACAAUCCGGAACGCCGUUGAGAAAAUACGUUUCCUUACGAUGACACCGAAGCAAUUUGUGGACGGCCCUGCACAGUCCACGCUGCUUACAAAGGCUGAAGUGUACGCAGUUUUGAUGAACAUCAGUUCUACCAAGUCUGCUGUACCAAUGCCCUGUGGAUUGUCCACCUCCCGCGCGAAGAGACUGAAAAAUCAAGUCAUUGAAUACGAAUCCGACUGAGCGUUCAUAGUUUAAGCGGAUGGAGUUCGAACUUGACCAAUGUAUUACGGACAUAGCGAGGUACACUUGUAAACAUAAGUCCAAUAGGAAUAAUUAUAUAUAAGUGUCUCUAGAGUGUCUAGCACAUUUUCUUUAUGUAGGUAGUACCUAUUUAUAGUUAUAACAAUGAUUGUUUUAAUAAAAUAGUAAAGGUAAGUAAUUUAAAGUACCUUUCAUUUCAAUUUGUGUUUUCAAAAUAAAACUUGGUAUUAUAAAUAAAUUUGUUUGUGU